UCUUCACCUCAAAAACUCCUUCAAGUUUCAGCAAUACAUUCUUAGGUCUUUUCAAUCCUCCUUUUCUCUCAUUUCUCAAACCCUUUUAGCUACAAUGGCUGUUCUAUCUUAUGAAUCAGAGUUCACUUCCUCCAUCCCUCCAGCAAGGCUUUUCAGGGCCUUUGUCCUGGAUGCAGACAACCUCUUUCCGAAGCUUGCUCCCAAUGCAGUUAAGUCUGUUGAAAUCAUUGAAGGAGAUGGAGGAGCUGGAACCAUUAAGAAGAUCAACUUUGGUGAAGGCAGCCACUUCAACUAUUCAAAGCAAAAGAUUGAAACAGUCGACAAAGAAAACUUUGUCUACGCCUACAGUUUGAUCGAAGGAGAUGCCUUGACAGACAAACUUGAGAAAAUCUCUUACGAGACCAAGUUUAUAGCAGCUGAUGGAGGAUCCAUUAUCAAGAGUGUCAGCAAAUACCACACGAAGACCGACCACCACGAUAUCACAGAAGACAAAAUCAAGGCAGGAAAAGAAAAGGCUGCUCAUCUCUUCAAGGUUGUUGAGAAGUACCUCCAAGAGAAUCCCGAUGCCUACAACUAAAUCAGUUUUGUUGUUCAUUGAAGUGUGAUUGCCUCUUGUUAUGCCCACAAAUAUCUUAUCUUGGUCUUUUUCAUUUUCUUUCUCUGAAUGUUGUGGUAUAAACAUUUGUAUUUCUUUUGCUACAAUCAAAUAAAAACAUAUGUUGAGUGGUCAUCAAAGA